AUGGUGGGUUUGGGUGAAAGUUGGAGAGAUGCGUAUAAGGGAAUGUCUUCGGAUAAUAUAAAGGGUUUAGUGUUGGCAAUAUCUUCGAGCUUAUUCAUAGGUGCUAGUUUCAUCGUUAAGAAGAAAGGACUCAAGAGAGCUGGUGCUUCCGGUCUCAGGGCAGGUUCUGGAGGUUAUACUUACCUGCUUGAGCCUCUCUGGUGGGUAGGCAUGAUAACGAUGAUUGUCGGGGAAGUUGCUAAUUUUGCCGCUUAUGCUUUUGCGCCUGCCAUUUUAGUGACUCCUCUUGGCGCCCUCAGCAUUAUUAUCAGCGCUGCUCUUGCUCAUAUCAUCCUACGCGAAAAGUUGCAUACUUUUGGGCUCCUUGGUUGUGUCUUAUGUGUUGUUGGUUCGAUAACAAUCGUCUUACAUGCUCCUCAAGAACAAGACAUUGAUUCUGUGUUACAAGUUUGGAAUCUUGCAACAGAACCUGCUUUUCUUCUCUACGCUGCAGCAGUGGUAGGAGCAGCCAUUAUACUCAUAGUUCAGUUCAUACCACAGUACGGACAGUCUCAUGUCAUGGUCUACAUCGGGGUUUGUUCUCUGGUGGGAUCAUUAUCGGUCAUGAGCGUUAAAGCACUCGGGAUAGCAUUAAAGCUUACGUUCUCAGGAAUGAAUCAGUUAAUCUACCCUCAGACAUGGGUCUUCACAUUGAUAGUUCUCAUCUGUGUGAUAACCCAAAUGAACUAUUUAAACAAGGCGCUUGACACAUUCAACACGGCUGUGGUUUCACCGAUAUACUAUGUAAUGUUCACGUCGCUGACCAUCGUGGCUAGUGUCAUCAUGUUUAAGGACUGGGAUCGACAGGAUGGAACUCAGAUUGUGACGGAGUUGUGUGGGUUUGUGACAAUCCUUUCAGGAACCUUUCUGCUUCACAAAACAAAGGACAUGGUUGAAGGUUCUUCGUCCUCAGGAAAUUUGCAUAUCCGUCUUCCUAAACAUUUGGAAGAUGGUAACGGGUUUGAGCAAGAAGGGAUCCCACUCACUCUGAGACGCCAGGAGUGUACCAAGUCACCAAGGCCAAUGCGUCACCUAAUUCUACCCCAAGACGGCCCUGAAGCUGUGUAG